AUGUCGCAAACCACAAAUGAGAUAACAACAGCAAAAAUCGCAGUCAGAAAAGUGAAUCCAAUCAAAGAUUUUUUGGCUGGUGGUGUUGGCGGCGCUUGUCUUGUUAUUACAGGUCACCCAUUAGAUACAAUUAAAGUUCGAUUACAAACACAACCAAAGCCACAACCUGGACAAGUACCAUUGUUUACAGGAACAUGGGAUUGCGCGACAAAGACUGUUGCAAAAGAAGGUUUUGCCGGUUUAUAUAAAGGGAUGGGUGCACCACUAAUUGGUGUGACACCAAUGUUUGCUGUAUGCUUUUUUGGAUAUGGUGUUGGUAAACGAUUACAAACACCAGCUGGUGAAAAUGAUAAUUAUACUUUACCGCAAAUAUUUGUUGCUGGUAUGUUAUCUGGAGUUUUUACAACUGUGAUAAUGGCGCCAGGUGAAAGAAUUAAAUGUUUAUUACAAAUUCAACAUGCGGCUAAUGAACAUAAAUAUAGUGGACCAGUAGAUUGUGCUAAACAAUUAUAUAGAGAAGGUGGUAUUCGAAGUAUCUAUCGAGGAACAGCUUUAACACUCAUGCGAGAUGUGCCUGCAUCUGGUGUUUAUUUUGCAUCAUACGAAUAUUUAAAAAGAGUGUUGACACCUGAAGGAAAAUCUCCUAGUGACUUGAGUGCAUGGAAAACAUUAUUUGCUGGUGGCAUGGCUGGUAUUGCUAAUUGGGUUGUAGCUAUUCCUCCCGAUGUACUUAAAUCAAGAUUUCAAACAGCUCCCUCAGGAAAAUAUUCUGGUAUAGCUGAUGUUUUACGUGAACUUAUACGUACUGAAGGAAUCGGAUCGCUCUAUAAAGGCAUUGUACCUGUUAUGUUACGAGCUUUUCCAGCUAAUGCUGCAUGUUUUCUUGGUUACGAAUUAACAGUUAAAUUCCUUGAUUAUAUAUGGCCACAUUGGUGA